CAGACGAUGGACAGCCAGCAGCGACUGUACUUGAUCAUCGUCUUCCCUGUCUGGAGCGCGUUGAACGGAUGCUCGCUGUCUGGCGCUCCCACCUCGCGGCGCUCGAUGUACUGCACAGCGGGGAACCCAACCACCUCGGGCGACGAUGCUCGCUGGGCCUUGUAGAUGAC